AUGGGGAUCCUAGUCCUCGCCAUCGCCGCGGCCCUCCUGUACUACGUCGCGGCCACGGCCCGCGCCUGGCUCCGCCUCCGCAGCUUCCCGGGCCCUCCGCUCGCCGGCCUCUCGUACGCGUGGAUCGCGCGCGCCGACUGGAGCGGCCGCGGCUGGAAGUACUGGCGGGACGCCAGCGCGCGGUACGGCCCGCUCGUGCGCGUCGGCCCCAACGAGCUCAUCACCGACGACGUGGAGCUGCUGCGGCGCAUGUCGGGCGCCCGCUCCCGGUACACGCGCUCGCAGUGGUACGCGCUCAACCGGCUCGACCCCUACGAGGACAGCAUGUUCAGCCACCGCGACACGGCGACGCACGACAGGCUCAAGGCGCAGACGGCGGCCGCGUACAGCGGCAAGGAGAACCCGGCGCUCGAGAUGGAGAUCGACGACGUCAUGGGCCAGGUCAAGGCCCUCAUCAGGCGGAAGUACCUAUCGCAGGGCCGGACGCUGAAGCCGCUCGAUCUCGGGAGCUUGUGUCAGCAUUUCACGCUGGACUCGAUCACGCGGAUCGCCUUUGGCGAGGAGUUUGGCUUUGUUAGAGAAGACGGUGACGUGCACAAUUACAUGAAAAUUGUGGAGGACAUAGCUCCAUUUAUGCAAGUGGCCGCCGACGUACCGAUUCUUGCGAGCAUCAUGUCUUCGCCAAUUGUCCUGAAGCUGGCUGGGCCGAGCACCAAGGAUAAGAUGGGCAUUGGGAAAUUGAUGGGAGUCGCCCAAGCCGUCGUUGGAAAGCGUUUCCAACCGGAUGCACCCGACCAACGGGAUAUGCUGGGUGCUUUUAUCCGUCACGGGCUGACCCGGCGUCAGUGCGAGACCGAAGCAUUGUUCCAGGUCAUGGCUGGCUCCGACACGACAGCCACGGCCAUUCGCACGACUAUGCUCUAUAUCAUGACCACACCUCACAUUUACACCAAGUUGCUGCAGGAGAUCAGUAAUGCUAUCCGGGAUGGCAAGGCCUCCAAGCCCAUCACGUCAGCCGAAGCAGAGAACCUGCCGUAUAUACAAGCCAUCGUAUUUGAGGGCCUCCGCAUCCAUCCUCCCUUCGCAGGCUUGGCCAUGAAGCAGGUGCCGCCAGAAGGAGACACGUUCAAUGGCAAAUUCAUCCCUGGAGGAACGAGGAUCGCAGCGAGUAUCUGGUCUCUUACACAUUCGAAAGCCAUCUUUGGAGCCGAUGCUGAGCUGUUCCGUCCCGAGCGCUGGAUUGAAGCGGACGAGGCCACGCGGAACGAGAUGCGGAGGGCGACCGAGAUGGUCUUUGGAUACGGCCGUUGGGGCUGUGCUGGGAAGAGCAUUGCUUUUAUGGAACUGAACAAGAUCUUCUUUGAGCUCUGGCGAGAAUUUGACUUUCAGCUUGUCUACCCUACAAAGCCGAUGGAAGUUGUAAACCACAAUCUCUUCCUCCAGAAGGAGAUGUGGGUAAAGGUCACAGAAAGAGAUGCUAUUUAG